UUAUAUGUUUAAGUAGAUACCUCUUUAGGAGUAUUCCGUGUGGAUUAUUCUAUUGAGGUUAUAUUUGGGAUCUUAUCAGUCUGUAAAAAUUUAUAUGAAUGUUUCCAGUCCAGCAUUUGGCUUAUGGUUGGUCACUAAGUCUGUAUGUUUGGAUCGCCCUUUCGAGAGGGGUAGGGAUUGUCAGCUUAAUAACGGAAGGCGCGUGCUGGACGUUUGUCUGUGAUGGGCAGAACCCAGACAAAGCAAAGGCAACUCAGGAUGCCUUAUGCACGGGAAGACCCGCGUAUGCUCGCACCAAUCGAGAAAGAGAGAGGGCUCGAGGUGUCUUUACCCAGGCGGGUCAGAGCAGGAGAGUACCACUCUUCAUGGUGGGUAAUGUUGAUGGGCACGGACAUCUUUGUCUGGAUCGAGUCUGGGUUUGAUGACGAGCAGGAGUGUGCGAUUGUAACGGUAACGUUGUACGCCUCGCUCUCAUUCUGGAUCGAGCAUGAGAUAGAGUUGGCGCUUGGGCAUGGAAGCCUGCUUGCUAGGCCUCUAAGGGUAGCCGAGGCAGUUGCGGCGAAGUGGGCGAGGGAAGUGUCCCGUGAUGGGGAAGAGCGAGUACUAACCCGCACUGCUGUCAGCAUCAUGGCGGGAGAAAGCGGCUUCGCCAAGAUCCUGCUUUGGAGGAAUUCGUGCCUUUUGAAGGUGCACGAAGUGUUGCAGGCGUCAAUGCCCCCAGAUCUCCGCGUCCUGCUGUUCCAAGGAAGGAACCUAUCCCGCUUUCUGCGUGACUUUCAGGAUUUCAGUCUUACGAAGAUGUGGGACAAGAAGGCAAUGUGGUACUUGUUCCCGUUGUUCGUUUGUGAAGGACUAAGUGAGGAGGUGUACACCCUCACGUUGAAGUCGCAAACCUGGGAUGAGCUGGAAGUUUCUCUGAAGUUGAGGUUCCCAGAGGAUGAGGUGGAAUGCAGGCUUGGUAAGGGCCCUAAGCAGCCAGCCGAGGCCGCGUCAACGCAAGGAGAGUUGAGUGGUAUACAGAGGCAAGUUGGGAUGUUGGAAAAAAAGUUGACGCGAUUGGAAGAAGCCAGGCAUGGCAAAAGGAAGGCCUCCGAGGGAGUAUCGAGUGGGCCGACUGCGAGAGGCGAAGCAAAGGCAAGGAUGGAUCAUCAGGAGCCACUCCCCCACAAGAAGACCCCGCGAGGACGAGCUUGCGUCCCGGAAGGAGAUGAAGGUGAGGGGGUCAUUGAGCUCAAGGAGGAGCGGGGAGACAGUGCGGUCCUGCCUGUCAUUGCGCCUGAUCCGAAGAGGGGGCUUAUCAACGUGGAAGCAUCCGCGACUGUAAGGUGGAGGGAGCAAAGGGCCGGGGAGCGUAUCGACCCAACCAUCCCUGGGGGAACACGGAAGGAGGCUUUGCGGCGAGAUGGAGCGUCGAGCACUGCCUCAUGAAUGUAGUUGUGAAGGAGAAGGGUUUGUGUGAGAAGGGCCUGUAAAUUUAAGCAGACAGUAAAUGCAAGCGAGAAAU